ACGCAGAACGUUUGUGAUCCGAGAGCUGUAGUGUUUCAUGAGGAGGAUCGAGGAGUGAAACAAGUCGUGUAAAUUGGACUCAAAUAUACGGUGUACGACUUCGGAAAACAUUGGUCUAUGUAGACGAUUGGACCAUCGCUUAUCGACCUGGAUGAACGAUCAAGAACUCAAAUCAGCAGCUUUCGGAACAUAGGAACAGCCGAUCCAGACAAGAGAGUCGAGAAUUCGUAAAAAACUACUCUCAAAAUGGCCAUUUCGGCCAGGCUGCGGAAGCUAUUCCCCCUCAAAUCGGUUGAUGAUCUCGUCCACAUAUUCAAAUGCAUGCUCGACGGACCUGCGCCUCCAGAUCUCACGUUGGCGUCUAUACUCUUGGGCUAUCUCGAAAAUUUACUCUGUGCCAAACCUUUGGAUCCAACAUCAUCGGACAGUGAUUCUCAGAGCUCCGGACACGAGGAUUUUCCCAUCGUGAACUUUGAAGAGAUCAAUGCGCUCUACGGAAAUUUCGCCUCCUUCAUCAAAGGCUCGAUAGACCUCUCAAUCCAGCAGACUGGACCACAGCGACGCUUGAAUCGUCAACUGGUGAAGAAAAUAUCUGAUAUAAUCUGGAACACCUUGCAUCGGUCCUAUGGUCAGGACCGACCACAUCUCCAAAGCAUUUUCAGCUAUCUAACAGGGAACAAACUCGAUUGUUUCGGAUUGGCAUACACGACCGUUGCAGCGUGUCAGAUGCUGAGCUUGAGCGACGUCAACCUCGUUCUGAGCGAGGACCACGCUUGGAUCGUGUACGUGAACGCGCAAACUGGGAACAAGGAAACCGCCGAGGUCACAUGGCAUGGGAAAGUCGAAGACAAGAGGGGACAAGAAAUCUCGUACGGUGAAAAAUCAUGGCUUUAUCUUAACGGGCACGCGAUUGAAUGCUCGAAAUACACGGAAAUCGCGGCGGCGAUCCUCGCAGUCAAUCCGUACGCAACAUCCUCGGCAGACUCUGAGAUGUUGAUUCACAUUCAGAAGAAACUCCUGUGGCUGAUGCACGAUGCUGGUCACCUUCGUCAUUAUCCGAUGGCGCUCGGAAUCCUCGGUGAACUGGAAUCGAUACAAGAUACUCCCGAAGCAGAACAUUCGUCUUUGGAAUUGUUCAGGGAAGCAGUGGAUAUCGCACGCACAGUGUACGCCGAUCACCACGUCUACCCGUACACGUACUUGGGCUGCUUCAUGUUUCGGAGUCAAAGAUUCUCCGAAGCUCUUCGGUGUUACGCGAAUGCGGCGCAGGUCAUUCGGAACUUCAAUUACGGGAGAGAAGACGAAGAGAUCUACAAAGAGUUCAUGGAGGUCAACAACGAAAUCAUCCCUCAGCUUGUGCGGUAUCCAGGGAUACCCGAGGAUAAGACAUGCUUCGCGCAGCUGCUGCGUCUCUGGGACGGACUUUGCGGCUGGGAAGAAGGCUCCUCGACUCCUGUGCUGCAUAUCGGAUGGGCGCAGCCUUUCGUCUCCACCUUGGGGAAGUUUCCUGCCGCAACUCGGAAGGGAGUCAAUAUCGUCAUUUGGGAGGACCCGUCGACGCAGGAUGAAGGUAAACUGAAGGAGAUCAAGACUGAAAACGAACAACUCUCCCCGAGCGCUGUGGAUUCGAAGGAGAAUUCGAGAGACGAUAAAAAAGCUGAACUUCCGACCAGGCGAGGGAGCCAGAGCCGAAAAAGCAGAAACGAGAAGGAUAUCAAGGAAAAAGAGAAGAUCGAACCCAAAGAUACGAUCCUGACCACCGGCCCCGUUCAGCAAGAUCUCAAUGAGAAUGAGGUCAAGAAAGAGACCGACUCCGGGGCGCCUAAAGUCAGCGACGACGAGCGAAGAUUCCGUGAAGAGAACGAGAAGAAACCCCACACAGUCGUGUUCAGUAGCCAGAAAAUGAUCCGUUCGAAGAAUCUACUGCUGGCUGAUAAACUCAAUACCUCCGCCAUCAUUCUUCAACUGACGGCCCAGAGUAACAUCAACACACACAAGCACAAAUUGGGAAUCGAUGAAGAUAGACGAACGAAAAGGUUCCGUAGAGAUUGAUUGAUCCAUCACAUUGAUGAUAAGUUGAUAUUCAUCAUCUUCAUCCAUCCCUCUAUCGAGAUCAUCGAGAUAUCGAUAAUGUUUCAACGUCGACUGUGACGAUAUCAGUGAGCCCCAUGUAGUGAGCUGGUUUGAGUAUACCUUAGCUAGACGGGUUUUCGGGUGGCAUACGAUCUCCAAUUUUUCAUCAUCAGCCUCGUAUUAUAGAAUACCCGGGUCAGAUUUCAUCCACGAAUACUUCAUUAAACCACAUAGUUCCGUUCCGAUCAUUUGAUCGAAUUCACCGUGAGGCGUCAGAAACAAAUCGAGUCUACGUCUGAUU